UUUUCUCAGUGCAGCGUUAAGAUUUGCGUGAAUGGAUCUGCAUCUGUCAUGGCUUUAAAGUGAAAACAGUAAGAAGAUAUUGAAAUCCUACUGUAAAAUUGAAGUCCCAUUGCAUAAAAGGAGAAGAGAGUGUUCGAUAAUUAUCAGGAUCAAGAUGGGGGAUAGCGUUCCGGUUGUGGAUUUUCGGCAACUUUGUGAGGAAGAGGAGUGCAAGAAAGUAAGAGAGGCAUGUGAGAAAUGUGGGUGUUUCAGAAUCAUCAACCACCCUAUUUCAAUAACACUCAUGGCUGAUAUGAAAUCCGUGGCUAAAUAUCUACAUGACCUUCCUAACGAGACAAAAAAGCGCAACAAAGCCGUCAUCAGUGGCAGUGGCUACGUGCCAUCAAGUGCAGCAAGUCCUCUAUAUGAGGGCUUAGGAAUAUAUGACAUGUGUUCAUCACCACAAGCAGUUCACAAUUUCUGCUCUGAGUUGGAUCUCCCACCCCACCACAGGCACAUAAUAGAAGCAUAUGGCCAAGCAAUUCAUGACUUGGCAUCAAUUAUAUCACAAAAGAUGGCUGAGUCUGUUGGCGUGGUGGGUUCUGAUUUUAAAGACUGGCCAUCCAUUUUUAGGAUGGUCAAAUAUAACUUCACCCCAGAAACUGUAGGUGAAUUAGGUGUAGAACUACACUCAGAUACAGGAUUCAUAACUCUGCUUCAAGAUGAUGAACAUGUUAGUGGUCUUGAGAUGAUGGAUGACUCUGGCUCUUUUGUGGCUAUCCCUCCCAAAUCAGGGUCUUUCCUUUGCAUUAUUGGAGAUGUUGCUCAUGCAUGGAGCAAUGGAAGAUUUCGCAAUAUGGAGCAUCGUGUAAUAUGUAAGGAAACAACCACUCGUCAUUCAUUUGGUACAUUUAUGUUAGCAUCAAGGUAUGGUUAUGUUGAGGCCCCAAAAGAGUUGGUAGACACUAAUCAUGAACGCCUCUAUCGUCCAUUCAAAUAUGAAGAGUUCAGGGAACUUCGAAUCACCACUGGGAAGAGAGCUGGUGAGGUCCUUGAGCAAUUCCGCAUUAAGUAGUUAAUGCUAUGGAUGGAGACACAUAUCUCCAAUAGAGCCGUUAAAAAAUAAAGCUGGCGAGAAAACGGAUGCUCCACUUCACAAUAAUUUAAAAUUUCAUGUCGUCUUUUUAAAUUAUUUACGCAGUUG